AAUGCUGUUGCUAAAUAACAACAAUUAUUGCAACAAGUGUGUAAACUCACAUCCCUAGUGCUAAUGUUCAGAUGUUAUUGAGAAGACUGUCGGCGAAGUGACAACAAUGGAGAACACCGGCAAGUUACGGGGUAAGACUAUUUUUAUAACUGGUGCAUCCCGAGGCAUAGGCAAAGCAAUCGCUCUAAAAGCAGCUCGCGAUGGUGCAAAUGUUGUGAUUGCGGCCAAAACAGCUGAACCACAUCCAAAACUGCCGGGCACAAUCUAUACUGUCGCCGCGGAAAUCGAAGAAGCUGGCGGCAAAGCGUUGCCUUGCAUUGUUGAUGUUCGCGAUGAGCAACAGAUUCGAAAGGCCGUUGAAGCUGCAAUCGAUAAAUUUGGAGGCAUCGAUAUUGUGAUCAAUAAUGCGAGCGCGAUUUCAAAAACUCAAACUUUGCAAACCGAUAUGAAGCGUUAUGAUCUCAUGCAUAAUAUCAACACAAGGGGCACUUUCUUGGUCUCCAAGGUUUGUUUACCAUAUCUACUGAAGAGUGACAAUCCACACAUUUUGACCAUGUCGCCACCACUGAAUAUGACAGCUGAGCAUUUUUCUAUACAUACGGCAUAUACUAUUGCCAAAUAUGGCAUGUCCAUGUGUGUGCUGGGCAUGGCUGAAGAGUUUCGUCCUCAGGGAGUUGCUGUGAAUGCUCUUUGGCCUCGAAGCACCAUUCACACUGCAGCAGUUGAUAUGCUCUAUGGCUCAAAAGGUGCAUUACAUUCUCGUAAGCCAGAAGUGAUGGCCGAUGCAGCAUACGCUAUACUGUGCCGCGAUGCAAGGCAAUGCACCGGAAAUUUCUUUAUUGAUGAGGACGUUUUAUUAGACGCUGGAGUCAAGGAUCUUGCCAAGUAUGCUUGUCACCCUGAAAAUGUUCACAAAUUGAAAACGGCUAUAUUCAUGGACGUUAAUUGUGCAGCAUCAAAAUUGUAAAUAAAGUUUCUACUAAAUAAA